UGGGCUUCAAUAAGAAAACUUCUUAAUCGUGAAACUGUAGUUGCUAUAUCAGAGUUUUCAACUGUAGUUGCCGAUUUUGAGUUGGACGAAGCAACAAUUGCCGAAAUGUUGCAACAUUUAAGGGAUUACUCAAGGAAUGUGGUGGAGAAAAAAGCAAGGGAAGAGGCAACGAAAAUUAUGAUCCACAUGAAGGAUCGGUUUUCCACAGUCUUCAAUUAUGACAGCGAUUCAACGCUUCGGGUUUGGACUGGUAAAGAAGACAUUACAAGUAUUACCAAGGAUGCUCGCUCUGCGUCUAUGAAGCUUUUGUCCGUCAUGGCUGCCAUCCGCUUGGAUGAGAAGCCAGAUCAUAUUGAAAAAGUUCUCUUUUCCUCUCUAAUGGAAGGAGCUGUUACUGUUUCAUCUUCACAAGAUAGGGAAAUCGGAGCCUCUGUAGACCCUCUCGCCUCAAGCAAUUGGGAAGAGGUUUCUUCAAAGAAUACCUUAAUUACACCAGUGCAGUGCCAGUCCUUGUGGAGACAGUUCAUAGCGGAGACUGAGAAUAGUGUCACUCAAGCUAUUUCAGCACAUGUUAUGGCUGCUACUGGUUGGUGUGAAGGGAUAGCCAACCAGAAAUUCAGUCAGUUGAUCUUCGAUGAGGAUUGGUUGGCAUUGGAAGAAGCUGUCCAAAUUGGCCCCGUACAAGGUUUUGGUAAAAGGCUCAGCUCCAUUUUAAGCACCUAUCUUUCUAAAUAUGACAUAGAGGCCAUCUACUUUGAGGAAGGUGCAAGGAACUCAAAACGACAACUGUUGGAGUCAAAAGCAUUGGAUUUUGUUUACCCUGCGUACACGACCAUGCUGGGACAUUUACAUUCUAAAGCGCUUGAAGAUUUUAAAGUGAGGCUGGAACAAUUGUUAAACAAAGGAGAAGGAUUUACUUUAUCUGUUCGUACAUGUACUCAGUCUUCUAUGCUUGAGUUUGACAAAGGAUGUGCAGAUGCUGCCAUACAACAAGCUAAUUGGGAUGCUUCAAGAGUUCGCGAAAAACUUCAAUGUGAUAUAGAUGCACAUGCAUUAUCCGUUUGUAGUGCAAAGUUGUCAGAAUUGAAUUUCAAUUAUGAGAGACAGCUGUUUGCAUCUUUAACUGGACCAGUAGAGGCUCUACUUGAAACUGGUGGAAAAGACACUUGGGGUUCAAUAAGAAAACUACUUAAUCGUGAAACUGAAGUUGCAAUAUCAAAGUUUUCAACUGCAAUUUCCGAUUUUGAGUUGGACAAAGAAACAAUUGCCAAAAUGUUGCAACAUUUAAGGGAUUACUCAAAGAAGGUGGUGGAGAAAGUUGCAAGAGAAGAGGCUACAAAAAUUAUGAUCCACAUGAAGGAUCGGUUUUUCAAAGUCUUCAAUUGUGACAGUGAUUCAAUGCCCCGGGUUUGGACUGAGAAAGAAGACAUCAGAAGUAUUACCAAGGAUGCUCGCUCUGCAGCUUUGAACCUUUUGUCAAUCAUGGCUGCCAUCCGCUUGGAUGAGAAGUCAGAUAAUAUUGAAAAAGUUCUCUUUUCUUCUCUGAUGGAUGGAACUGUUAUUGUUUCAUCAUCACAAGAUAGGAGAAUAGGAGCUUCUGCAUACCUUCUUGCUUCAAGAACUUGGGAAGAGGUUUCUUCAAAAGAUACCUUAAUUACUCCAGUGCAGUGCAAGUCCUUGUGGGGAGAGUUCAAAACCGAGACUGAGUUUAGUGUCACUGAAGCUAUUUUAGCGCAGGAGGCUUACAAGCGGAGUAACAACUGGUUGCCUCCUCCGUGGGCUAUUAUGGUGAUGGUCGUUCAUGGUUUCAACCAAUUUAUGCUCCUUUUAAAGUAAUUAUGGCCGUUCAGAGUACUAAGUUUGUGCACAUUGUUUAAUUAUUUGGAAUUCCCAACUUGC